GGAGAUUUGACACGCUACGCUUGCGCAGAAAGAAAACAAUCCAAUAUGUCCGACACCUGUCAAAAGAACAAUUGACAAUAAUCCGGUAACUGGAACAGGUGUACAUCUUUUAUUUCAAAAAGAGAGAAUUUUGCAGAAAAAAAAUCUUAGACCUUCAAAAACAAGAAACGAGACAAAAUGGCUGACAUGUCACGGUUAGAUACUUUAAUGAAGACUCGGAGCAAAAUGAAGCACCACUCUAAGCUUGCAAUCACCGGAGACAACAGUAAGGUGUUGGGACGGAUUACUGACAUGAGGACGGAGAAAGUGAGAGAGUCCGGGAAGUUCCAUACAAAUAAGAUGAAAACACACAACAGUGCUUGGACACCAGUUGUGAACAGAGCUGCAAAUGAACAGAUAUUUUUGGAAAGGAGAGAUCUUGUUUCAAACUGGUUUGAUUUAUGGACAGACUCUCAGAGGAAGCGAUUCUUUGACCUUGUGUUCCGCCAGUGUUCACGUAGACAGUACAAGUUUAUACAGGACUGGUUUGAGGAAUGUGUUCCAUUACAGCAUCUAGACUUCACCACUGUACUGCCAAGGUUUCUUGCCCUCUAUGUGAUGUCUUUCCUGGAACCAAAGAGUCUCAGUCGAUGUGCUCAGGUGUCAUGGCACUGGAAGUUUCUUUCUGAUCAGGAUGUGUUAUGGAUGCCAAAGUGUAUGAAGUAUGGUUGGUUUUUACCUUACUCACCAUCGGAAUACGAGUAUGGUUGUUGGAAGAGACAUUACAUUGCCUGUGUGAAAACACUAGACUAUGUCAAUGCCAAUAACUCUAUGUAUGGUAUGAGAGGGGAUGGGAGAGAUUUGAUGGCCAAGAAGCCAACAAAGAAAGAACUGUCUCUUGUAGAAAGUAAUAAGAUGUUGACCUCUCGGCCCCCAUGGAAUGGACCUGACUAUCAUCCAAAAGAUUUAGACAAAAACAUGUUUGCUUUCUUACAUGAUUUUAAUCCCAAUGAGCCAAAUAUGCCAAAGUCGGCUUUGUUGUUCCACAAUCGCUGGGGUAUACUAAAGAAGAAAUCCAAUGUUACCACCAGUCCAAGUAUGGAGUUAGGUCUUACCUCACAACGGAGGAGGGAAAGACACCGAGCCCUUACUUCAGGAGAGGACUAUGACUUGCUGCAGACAGGCAGAUCUAUGACCUUGACAGAGAGUCUCCGUGACGACCUUGUUAACCUGAAAGAACAGAGAAUGAAUGAGUUAGUUAAUACACAGUGGUAUCCACCGAACAGGACAACUCAAAGGAGUGCUGAAGAUGGAAGACCAAAUCUUGCUGGCAGUCAGGCCAUUUAUCCUAGUACAAUGAAGGGUACAAGAAGGACUUCACUAGUGGGAACAGAACGUCCCCAGAACCCCAGGGUCAUCUUCAUAUCCUCAAGGGUUCCUGCUAGCGAGCUGUUGUUGGAUGCAGUAUUGUUUGGUGUAAUUCCUAUUGUGUAUGAAUAUGAAGGAACCAGUCAGGAAGCACUUUUCCUCAGACUGGAACAAGUUCUUCAGGGUAGAAAUGCACAGAGCAUUGGAAUAUUUACGCAUGCUGAAUUGCCAGGGGAGAUAAGACUGGUUCAUGGAUGUAACAUAAGUCUAGAGAAUAUGGAUUACCCAGAAGCUCGGGAAUUCUUUGAGACUGUGUCUAGUCACGUACUGCCAUCAGAGAUGGGUGGACAGUUCGAUAUAUUUGCUCCAAUAGCCGCUUCAGAGUUAGGUAUGGAGCUGAUGGUCCAAUUAACUGUGCUGACUGGUAUUCAGUUCUCAAGUCCUACAGGGAUCAUAGGUCAAUACAAUCAUGUGAAUACAGAGUGGUGUUUACCAUACAAAGAAGGGCCUCCACCUGAGCAGUAUUUCUGUACCAGUAAAUUGAACGUUUGGGCUAACACAGCAGACCAGGCAGUGGAAGCUCUCGGAAAGUGCAAACAAGUACUUACACCUUACUUUGAGGCAGCACAUAGAGAUAUAGCUGCCCAGUUAGCAGGAGAAGUGAUAUUUGGAGUCCUUGGACAGACUGACAUAAGAGGUGUGAAAAAUAUCACCACUGCACUGACUGAGGGGCUGUGUGAACUUGGGAACCAAAAUGGAGUGAAUCCGCUGGAGUUUCUAGGUGAAUAUCUUCUACAAAAAGCUGGAGUAAAUGACAUUAAUUUUACAAGCACAAAACAGAAACUUGAGCCAAUCAAGGAUGGCUAUGAUGAGGAGGUGGAGGAGGAGGAGGAAGAAGAGGAGGGAGAGGAAAGAGACAAAUUUGACGAAACAAGACGGACGUACGAACAGACACGUGACUGGGAUGAGGAUGAGGAAGCUGAUGGAGAGGCAAGGAAAGACGAGGGGUCAGAGAAAGAAACAAAAAGACGAAGGCAAAAGAAUGAGCAUCAAAAGGUGGUGUUGAAGACACAAGAACUAAGUCAGAAGUUUGGCACUUUGAGAGCUACUGGGAAAUUAGAAAGAUUGACAACACAGAAAUAUAGUGAUCAUCCAGAGAAGAGAACACCUAUUGCCAUGGAGAUGGUAUCAAGUGAGGUUGAGUACAACAGGGUCCUUACUGCUAUAAAGAAUGUCUACUUUAAACCUCUCAAUGCUGCCUUAAGGUCCAACAGAGCAAUUAUCAGCAACCAGAAUCUCCAGAUUAUUUUCACAGAUGUAUUGGCAAUACUUGACAUCAGCAAUGAUUUGAAAGACAACCUUCAGAAUCGUUUGUUAGAAUGGGAUGCCCAGGAGACCUGUCUUGGAGAUAUAUUUGUCAAGUUCUGUACAUGGUUGAAAGUCUAUACAAAUUUUGUGAACAAUAAUGAGGUUAUCCUACGCUGUAUUGAGAGGUCCAAGGAACAGACACCGGCAUUUAGAGCAUUCCUAGUUAGAAAUGAUAGAACACCAGAAACCAAGAUGCUCACGCUUCAGGAGAUGUUGUUACUGCCAUCACGAAGGAUCAAUGAGUAUGUGACUUUACUGAGCUGGUUUGAACUACACACACCAAAGUCACAUCAGGACAGGGCUGACCUGGCUGAUGCUAUAUGUACACUGACAGAACUAGAGAAAUGUAUCAGAGAGUGUAAGAUGAGAAUGGAGCGAGACAGAGAGCUGAUUGAAUUACAGAGAAAGAUACAGAACUGUCCAGCUUUGCUGGAAGCUAACAGGUACCUCAUAAAACAUCUAGAUGCCAACCAGCUGAACUCACCAAAGAAAAGCUCUGAAAUACCUGAAUUGCAGGUAUACCAGCAUGCUGCGAUAUUUGGACUGUUCUUGUUCAAUGAUGCCCUGGUACUGACUCGCAGAACCUCGAAAAACUUCCCUUUCAGUCGAGCCAUCGAGUACAACUUCAAAUUUGAGGCCAGCAUCUCUCUAAGUAGAUUACGUAUACAUGACUUACCGGACUCCAAAGAUUUAAGGAAUGCAUUUAAGAUUGAAAAUCCUAAACAGCAGUGGGUCUUCUCGGCAGAAACACCGGAGGAGAAAUUCAACUGGAUAAGCUUGGUCGAACAGUCUGUUAGAGCAGCUUUACAAGGCUAAUAGGAAAUAAUUUCAAAUUGAAUCCAGUGUCAGAAACAAUUUAGUAAACAUGUUUAUGCUUUUUAAUUUGAUUUACGCAUCCAGUGUAUUCAGGGAUUUUUAUAGUUUUACUGCCAUAUUGUUACAACUGUUAAGGUCUAUUUGAUUAGAAACUUAUAUCAUGCUACAGUUAGUACAGGUUGCUGACACUGAGACAUUUGUUGUAGGGGUGGGUGGGGGUGGUAAUUUCCUUUUUUCAAAUGGACUGUGAUAGAGUUUUAAGAAAUAUUAGCAUUGCAGAAAUUCACUUGGGGGCUUUGUACAAGGUUGUGUAUUUUGCCAGAAAUUGUUCCAGGUGAUUAUUCUUGGCUAAAACAUUGGUAUCAGAAGAACUACAUGUAAAAGUUAUUUGAGAUUUUAUGAAGUACAAGAAAUUAGUGUGUAUAAUCACCUUCAUGGACUGAUUAUCAAAUAUUAAAAUUGCUUGAAGUAUUAACUAUAAUAUACUCAUUUUCAACUUUUUAGGAUGGUGUUUUUGAAAUGUUUUGUAACUGUUGACUGUGAUAGCAUAGUUUGGAAUAAGUUACUUGCUAUGCAAUGCUUUAUGUAUUAACUGCCAAUUAGUGAUACAGUAUUUUUGUACAUAGAUAUUUGCUUUAUAUUUAGAUUAAUGCUCUCACAUAUCAAUAUUACAUGUAGUUUCUAGUCUUAAAUAUAUUUAAUUGAAGCAUACAAAUAUACUGGCAUGCAAAUUUAAACAACAAACUUAAAUUUGUUGUUUAUUCAAGCACUUAUUAAUUAGUUAUUCAUCUUUAGUCCUGAAAGGUCAUUGUCAUAAAAUCUGUCAAACAGUGAUACAGCUUUGUAUUUGAUAUCAACAUCAUUUCAUUGACAAAAGAAAACUUCCAUAAAAACAUGUUGACUUCUCAUUUUCUUUCUUUACUUUAAGCAAGAUAGAAAGAAUUCACGAGGCAUUCACAAAGCACACAAGUUUGUGUAAGCAUAGCUGUGUCAUGAUACAAGAAAAGUUUUAUGCUUGACAUUUGUUCUUGUUCUACAAAAUCUGUAAUUUGAAUCUGAAUAUGAAAAAUAUUUGAGCCGUGCCAUGAGAAAACCAACAUAGUGGGUGUGCGACCAGCAUGGAUCCAGACCAGCCUGCGCAUCCGCGCAGUCUGGUCAGGAUCCAUGCUGUUCGCUAACAGUUUCUUCCAUUCCAAUAGGCUUUAAAAGCGAACAGCAUGGAGCCUGACCAGACUGCGCGGAUGCGCAGGCUGGUCUGGAUCCAUGCUGGUCGCAAACCCACUAUGUUGAUUUUCUCAUGGCACGGCUCAUUUAUACUGAUUGUUCAACGUUGUGUACAAUAUAUACUGUCACAUAUUUGGAUGAGUGCCAGCUGGAAAAGUCACACUGGACAAUGACAGGCGAGUCAGAUAUGGUAUGUCUUUCAGAUGAAAACAUGUCUGAAUAUAUCCCAUAUUGACAGGGUGACAUUGAAUAAUCCUUUUUUCUCCAAAUUAAAGAGGAAAACAAUCGGAUGGACAAGAUUCCAUCUUUUACUUGCAAAAACAUCAUGUAUGACCAUUUUUCUUGUUCUGUUUUGUAUUUAAUUGUAUUUCUAUUGUUUAUAUGUUAAAAGCACAAUCUAAGAUAAUAUUUUGCACUUUUCCUUUUAUAUGCAUAUAAUUUCUUUGUAGUGCAAUUAACAGGAUUUUUGGAUUGUGUAUUUUUCUGUGUCUCAUACUUUAUAUAUGCAUGCUGUAAAUAUGAUUAUGCUGAAAAUGUGUUUUAGGUUCCAAAUAGACCUAUGGAUAUACUGUUGACAUUAGGAUCUAUGUAACAAACAUGCAGUGAAAUUUAAUUAUGUCUCCCACCACACAGUGGUGUGGGAGACAUAUUGAUUUACUCCAGUCUGUCUGUCACAAAGCUUGUCCGCACCCUAAGUCGAACAUUUUUCAUCCGAUCUUCACCAAAAAGUGCUCGGCCAAGUUCGAUAACUAGCCAAAUCGGCCCAGGCACUUCAGAAUUAUGGCCCUUGAAUUACCAAAAGACACUAAGAUUUUCUUGCGCAUUUUUGCCCUCAAACCGGCACCUUUACUACUUUUAAAAGUAGUAUAGGGGUCCGUUUGUUGUCAAAAAAGCAUGCACAUGUGCUCUAAGUAAACAGUAUAUAAAGACUGACGUUAUACUACAUGUAUUUAGAUGAUUAGGCAGUUGUGGGAGACAUGCGCUUUUCUCAAAAGCAUCUCUAGUUUAAGGUAGUGAAACUGUAUUGUCAACCUUAAAUUUCUGUUUACUUCAGCAUUUUCUGUAUCCAAUUUUGGAAUUUCCUGGCUGGCUUGUUUGACCUACAUUUAUUGCGUAAUAAACCCUUAGCACAUGUCCAAAUUCCUUAGCACAUGGAACAGUAGGAUAAGUAUGAAUAUCCUGAUUAUUCAAUGGGCAGUAUUUGCUGGAUAAACUAUCUCACAGUCUAACAACAAGUGCUGUAUUAUCCCCGCUAUUUUGUUAUGUUUAUUUUGUUAAGGAUGAUGUUAUAACAGGGUGCUGUUUGCUUGUUAUGUUUGAGUUCUAGGUUUUUGAGUUGGUUUACAAUUGUUACACCUGUAAUUUUUUUGUUUAGUUACUUUACAGAAUAAAAAUUUUUACAUUUAAAUAUUUAAAAAAUUUACUCCUCGGGUCACUAAAUGUGAAAAAAAGUGCAUAAAUUUGAUGCCCUGCAUGACAGUUUUUACAUGUGUAAAGAAUGUUUGUUAUAAUUCAGUGCUAAUGCAUUUUUUUUUUUGCAUGAAAACAGUGAUGAUCACAAUAAUAAAGUGGAAUGACUAGAUACUUAAUUUCUUUAAUUUAAACUGCAGUCACUUUGCUUGUAUAUUUGCCUUAAAUUGAGGGUCAGUGAUAACUUACAUUCAGCAAGAACUAGGUUACCUUGAAAAAACGUAUUUUGUCACCCGUGUCAUUGACAGUUAGAAACCACUGUGUCUUACUAUACCCAAGGUGAAUUGCCAUACCUUUCUAGUUGCUAACUUGUUUACUGAAGCAUAAUUGAUAAACGUCUUGAAUUAUGCUCUAUGUGGAAAUUGUCAUUCAGCCUGUAUAAAGAGGAGAUAAAUAUGUUCUCAUACUUUAAUGAAUGUAUCUCAGUUCAUCGGAAUUUAUUUAUGGGUUGUACAGUUUCAGAAAUUGAUCCGAUAGGAAGCUGCAUGAUCUGUGUUAUUUUCUUGUUUGUGCAGUGUAUACAUCACUGGACAUGGUUUAUCUGUAACAUUUAUACAUACACAUUAAUAUUUAUCUUACCUACUUCAUGAAGUAUUACUGUUUGUUAAGUUGUAUGUAGAUUGUGACAAUAUCAUUUAUUAUACAUGUAUUUCAUAGUACCAUGAUAACAAAAAAUGCACCUUUAGCAGAAUAUAGAUCAUGUUUUGAUUAAUUAAAAACUAUAUAUCAGUU